AUGGAUGAAGUGCACGAAAAGAUGAAGAAUUUUUUAAUUAAUUCCGACACGAGUGGCAUCGAGUUGGGCGCGUUGCUUGUCGGUCGCGAAUUUUCCACCGCGGUUGGGGGUUCGGGAGGAAAAACCACCCCUAUCCCUUUGGCGCCCUACUUGACCCUCGUUUCACCGGGCGUUCGUCGGUGGAUUGGAAAACGGUUCUCGAAGCCGAGGAAAUCGGUUCCGUUGCUGGUGCUGCUGCUGCUGGUGGUUAUUAUUGCCGGAGCCAUUAUCACCAUCGGAAAACGGACCCACGCCGGGCGGGCGCUACUGCUGGCAUCGUCGGUGUUUGCAAAUGAAGAUUGCAUCGUUCGCAUGCCAUCGCAGCUGCAGAAAGCCUUUAGGCCACCGGAAGCGUGCGACUUCUGCCGGUCGGUGUCGGCGAGCACCGUACCACGGUUGAGCAACGUUAGUCCGGAAGAGUUUUCCCGCCGGUUCGCGUACCGCGGCGGUCCGGUCAUUGUAACCGAUGCGACCACCAACUGGACGGCGCCGGAGCGAUUCGAUUACUGGUUUUUCCAGCGACUGUACGACACACACGGCCGUGGACCGCAUGCCGAGCGCUGCCAGUUCUUUCCGUACGCCACCGGCUUCCGGAACAUCCUGGAGGCGCUCGAUCUGCCGCCGGCCCGGGUACGCUACGAGCCGGGCACGGAACCGUGGUACUUUGGCUGGAGCAACUGCGAUCCGACGAUCGUGAAAGUGCUGCGGGAGCACUACGAUCGGCCGUACUUUCUGCCACCCGACUCGGAGAACAACGCCAUCGAUUGGGUGUUCAUGGGUGGACCAGGCCUGGGAGCACAUAUGCAUGUGGACAACGUCCGUCUGCCCUCGUGGCAAUCGCAGCUGAAGGGUGCUAAAGAAUGGAUCCUGGCACCACCUCCGGAAUGUCUGUACGAGUGCGAGUUCCUUUCCGUCGUCGUACAAACCGGAGACACAAUUGUACUCGACACGAACAAAUGGUACCACAAGACGAACGUCCUACCUGGCCCGAUCAGCAUCACCGUCGGGGCGGAGUACGACUAGAGCGUAACGGUCUAGUCCCGGCUUACCUUGAGAUGAUCGUCGUGCCCGGCGGAAACUCCACGAUAUCCUCCCGUAUCUCCAGGUCGUUGUAGAAGCUUACCACGUGCGGCUCGUUGUUGCGGAACAUGCACGACCCGUUG